AUGGGGGUGAGUAGACUACCAUCAUAUCCACCUACAGUCUUCUACCACGCAGAUCGCUCACGAGUUUGCAAUCUUCCAGACCAAGAACGUACGAAUGGCUUUGCGGCCCUUUCCGGCCAACCAAUCGCGGUUGUGGGAAUGGGGAUGCGCCUUCCCGGCGGCGUUCGAACGGCAAAGCAGUUCUGGGACGCACUUAUCGAGAAAAGGGAUUGUUCAUCAGAGGUCCCCCAAAGCCGAUAUAAUGUGGACGGGUUCUAUAGCGCGGAUAAACCCGGGGCAGUGAGGACGCGAAGAGGAUACUUCCUUGAAGAUGACUACAUCGGGAAUGCUGACUUGAACUUCUUCCCGGCGAUUCCUGGCUUUGAAAUGGACGAAUUGGACCCGCAACAGACUUUGCUGAUGGAGGUCAUUUGGGAGUGUAUGGAAAAUGCUGGCCAGACAGGCUGGAAUGGCAAAGAUAUUGGCUGCUAUGUUGGUGUUUUUGGCGAAGACUGGCAUGAGCUCGCAGCAAAAGAGACGCUGUCAAUACCUCGCGUGCAUGCCUUUGCUAAUGGGGCGUACACACUGUCCAACCGCGUCUCUUAUCAAUUCAAUCUGAAAGGCCCAAGUGCGACUAUUAUGACUGCAUGCUCAUCGUCUUUGACAGCUCUUCAUGAGGCCUGUCAGGCCCUAAACGAUGGUAGUUGUUCCUCCGCCAUUGUAGCCGGAACCAAUAUGAUUCUAACGCCAUCUAUGACAAUCAACAUGUCGGACAACACUGUUCUAUCCCCGGAUGGGUAUUGCAAGACGUUUGAUGCUAGAGCUAAUGGCUAUGGGAGAGGAGAGGCCGUUAAUGCAAUCUAUAUCAAGCCCUUGAGCCGAGCAAUCGCAGACGGGGAUAACAUACGUGCAGUCAUUAGGGCAACAUCGGCAAACUAUGAUGGGCAGUCGGCCAAGAUUUUUGCCCCAGACAUCGAAAGCCAAGAGCGAUUGAUACGAAAAGCUUACCAAAAAGCGCAAAUUAUAGACCCUUCAGAAACGGGCUUUUUCGAAUGUCACGGUACUGGCACCAAAAUUGGAGAUGUAGUCGAGACAACAGCGAUUGCCCGAUUCUUUGGUUCACGAGGAAUGUACAUUGGAUCGGUGAAAACCAAUUUCGGUCACGGGGAAGGUGCCUCAGGUCUCACAGGAGUGAUAAAAGCUAUACUGUCCCUGGAGCGUCGCAUCAUUCCACCAAACAUGCACUUUGCCCAACCUAAUCCCAAGAUACCCUUUCAGAAAGGACGCUUGACAGUUCCUACUGAGCCAAUUCCAUGGCCUUCUGAUCGGAAGGAACGAGUCAGCGUCAACGGGUUCGGCAUCGGUGGCGCCAACGCACAUGUUAUUCUGGACUCAUGGCCUACCCCGAGGGAUGAGGCUACAGAGUCUGUCUCGGGACAUCCUCAUAGAAGCCGCCUGCUUGUGGUCUCUGCUGCAAGCGAAAGAGCACUCCAGGCUCGCUGCGAAGCAUUGAGAGCAUACAUACUUGAGAAGCCUUCCCUCAUCUCUGAUGUUGCCCACACCCUCGGAGCGUGUCGUGAGCACCUUCCUUACCGUACCUAUAUGGUGGCUAAUGGUAAUAAUACUACUGAUGAACCUUGUUUGAUUCGAAAUGCAUCUACUUCCCGCACGAACGACAUAAUAUUUGCAUUCUCCGGACAGGGUUCGCAGUGGUGCGGCAUGGGGAGAGAACUGAUGGAUGCGUUCCCGGGUUUCAAGCUCGACUGCCUCUCUAUGGACCAAAUAUUGCAAGAGUUGCCAGAGCCGCCCACAUGGAGCAUCGCUGAUGAACUCCAAACGCUGGAAGACCCACAGAAGAUGGAGGAGCCUGUAUUUUCACAGACUUUAUCCGCUGCAGUGCAGAUUGCAUUGGUGAAUCUUCUCGAAAGUUGGGGCAUAUACCCUGCGGCAGUAAUUGGCCAUUCCAGUGGUGAGGUUGCAGCUGCUUAUGCGGCGAAAGCGAUUCCCCUUCGAACGGCCAUAAUCGUAGCCUACUACCGAGGCCUUUGCGCUAUGUCUUGCCCACUAUCAGGAGGAAUGGCUGUUGUUGGCCUAGGAAUAAAUGCUGUUAAGAAGUAUCUCAAAAAUGGACUCGUGGUGGCAUGUGAGAAUGGCCCUGAGACGGUCAAUAUCUCUGGCAACCGAGAAAGUCUAGCAGCUGUUGUGGAUCAGAUCAAGGCUGAUGAUUCAGACACUUUCAGCAAAUUGCUGCCUAUACGCGUGGCUUACCAUUCCCCCGAUAUGAAGCAAGCGGCGACUGUCUUUAGAGACUUGAUUGAGCCUUAUAUCGUUUGCAAUGAUAACAUGAUACCGUUGUAUUCGACACUUACGGGCUCGGUAGUCAACGAUCCCACUCAGCUUAGCGCUGGCUAUUGGGCAGCCAACCUUGAGUCUCCAGUCCUUUUCGCCAGAGCUGUCGAGUCUCUCCUUGCUGCUAAGAAAGACAUAUCGAAGACUUUCAUCGAAGUCGGACCCCACAGUUCGCUCUCAGCACCUCUGCGCCAGAUACUUGCUCGGCAUACAUCGCAAGCGAACAAAUACAUUCCCACCCUUUUGAUUGAUCAAGACCAAGCACGCUGCUUAUUGCAAGUGGCUGGAGAGCUAUUCUCAACUGGAUUUGUUAUUGAUCUGGAAGCAAUCAAUGGCAAAGGCCAUUUUGUUAGCUGCCUGUCGCCAUAUCCAUGGGACCGCCAGAGUUUGAAUUGGAAGGAAAGUCGACUCAGUAGAAAUUGGAGAUUCCGGCAGCAUCCACGCCAUGAACUUCUAGGUUCCCGGACGCUAGAAUCCAGCGAUAUUGAACCAUCCUGGAGAAAUCUACUAAGCCUAGUCGAUGUGCCAUGGCUUGGUGACCAUUGUGUAAUGGGCGAAACCCAAUUUCCAUGCGCAGGGUACAUUGGGAUGAUCAACGAAGCAGUCCGUCAGAUAUCUGGCAUGCAAGAGUGCACUAUCCGGAACCUAUGCAUUCAGGCUCCUCUUUUACUUCACCAAUGGGAAAAGAUGGAAAUUGUAACAAGCGCAAAGCCUGUCAAAAUUAGUGAUCGAGUAGCCUCUGCAUCCUACGAAUUCAGCAUUAUGUCCUACAACGGUAUUGAGUGGGUCAAACAUGCUGUAUGUCAGGCCGCAGCUGGCACAGCACAGCUUGAUCUGCAUUUGGACUCAACUCAUGAAUGCGCACGGCCCGUGACUUCAGACUAUUUAUACCAAGAGUUGCGGAAACUUGGUUUGGAGUAUGGACCCGCCUUUAGAGGUUUAGAGAGCAUUCGAGCAGAUCCCUUAAGCUACAGAGCAACAGCAGUCCUCCGGACUGAAGACACCCAUGCUGUACACCCUACUACGAUUGACAAAGGCUUACAACUCCUCAGUGUCGCAGCUUCAAAAGGGAAAUCAAUGCAGGACUCAAGGCCUCACGUUCCUGUGUUUGUGGAUACUAUUCAGAUCGGUCGGAACCGACUGUUGGUGAAGGUGACAGCGUCUAUGGAGAGUCUCGCUGUGAGCCAGCCCAAGACUAAAGUCACCUUAAUAGAUAACACAGGCCAAGGUAAUACAAGAAUACUCUCGAUAAAAGGGGUUCUACUCGUUCCAUUGGAGAGCAGCAUAAAAGCUGAGUCCAAGAACAUUCCUUUGGCAACGUAUGGCGAAUGGCGCCCGGACAUGGAUCUGAUCACAGCCCAGGACCAGCUUUCUGGUCUCAAAGGCUUAACUGAUUCACAGGUGCGCACAAUCAUUGCAGCUUCAACAAUCAAUAUGAUUCAAGUACAUCGACUUCUCCAACAUACAGUUACCUUCUCGGAGAAGUCAAAGGACUAUCAAGGCUGGAUCCAAGCUCAGGUCGAGAAUAUACUAACCGGCAAACUGACCACUGUCGAAGAGGCAAGAACGUGGGCAACACUAGAAGAUGGCGAUCUAUUGAAGGAGGUUGAAGCUUUAAACGAGACUCUCGAAUCUGAGGGAUUGAAGCAUGUUUCAGACCUGUUGAAGGGCAUUUUAAACUCGACCUGGGAUGUCAUCCGGGGCUUCUGUGACACUGAAUCAGUAUCAAGUUUGCGCAGUCUGGCAGAGUGCUCCAAGAUGUCGCCCACAAGCGACCUGUCCGCUUGGCUUUCUCUGGUCUCACAUUCCAAUCCGACGCUACGAGUUCUCGAGAUAGAAGCCCGUGAGCCUUCUUUCACCUCCUCAGUCCUCGCACAGCUCAAGUCAACAGGCGGAAGACUAUACUCAAGCUAUACAGUCACUAGCACGAGUAUGAUCGAUGAUCAAUCUAAAAGUCAGUUGGACGACAUCACCCAAGAUCCACUAUUGCAAGGAUUUCAGGAAGGCACUUUUGACUUGGUGAUAGUGUCUAGAAUAUGUCCUGAUAAAUCAGGACUUGAAAAUUCCUUACAACACAUCAAGAGACUACUCGCAAAUAAUGGGAGCCUUCUACUCCAUAGGUUAUUAUCUUUGGCUGGGUGUGGCAAACUCAACGCCCAGCUAGGAGACUGUCAUCCCAUUGAUACAUGGCACAACUCACUUCUGCAGGCAGGGUUCACCGGGGUUGAAGCAUAUUCAUACGACGCUAGGUUUCCAUAUCCAUUGCACUACAAUAUCAUCUCACGUAUCUCAGACUGGAAUGCAGUGAAGAGAAGAAAGACAAUUUACCUUCUAUGCACGACUAAGAGACACGAUCACCCGUGGAUAUGCAAUGUGGAAGCCGUACUUGAGCAGGCAGGCUAUCACACCGAGCGAUGCAUGCUUGGAGAAGAAUUACCUCCUAAUCAAUGCGUUAUUUCCUUUUUGGAUCUUGAUAAGCCCUUCUUCAAAGACAUAGGCACACAGAGCUGGAGCUGGUUUCAGUGCUUAAUCAAGUGUUCUCCUCGCAUCCUUUGGAUUACCCCGUCCGUCGAACUCGGGUGCAAUGAUCCUGAAUUCGGGAUUGUACUCGGUGCAUCACGAACAGUUCGACAAGAGGAAGCACUUCAUUUCGGUACAUUUCAGAUAGACCAAUUCAACGAGACUGCAAUUAGGCCUACUUUGAGAGUAUGCGAGAAGUUUUUCGAAGCAACUGAUGGUCAAGACACAAACGACAUAGACUACGAAUUCGCUUUGCAAAAUGGGACCGUUUACAUCCCGAGGUUCCAUUGGGAGUCCUUAUCUGACUGUCUUCUCCGGGAGCCGGAUCCAACAGCUCCCAUCAAAUUAGACGUCAGUACAUACGGUUCAAUGAACUCUCUUGGUUGGGUUGAACAUGAGCUCGGUCUUCCUGGGCCACACGAAGUUAUGGUUGAUGUCAGUUAUGUUGGCUUGAACUUCAGAGAUAUCAUGAUCCAACUGGGAAUCAUGGCGAGCAAAGAUGAAUUUGGGGUAGAAGCUAGUGGCAUUGUCCGCCAAUGUGGCAGCGGCGUGGAGCAAGUGAAGCCUGGCGAUAAGGUCAUGCUGCUUCAGCCUGGGCUUUUCUGCUCGCGCGUGUGUGUUCCUGUUUCCAGCUGUGUGCGUCUACCAGCGUGGCGUUCCUUGGAGGAUACUGCUUCAAUGGCUGUGGCAUACGGAACAGCCCUCUAUUGCUUGACAGACAUUGCUCGGCUAGAAAAGGGUCAGUCUGUGCUGGUCCAUGCAGCAUGUGGAGGUGUUGGUUUGGCUGCGAUCAACUUGUGCCAGAUGCUUGGUGCCGAAAUAUAUGCGUCGGUUGGCAGCAAGGAGAAAGCUUUGCAUCUUGUCAAUACGUUCCAUAUCCCGCGACAUCGGAUUUUUAAUUCGAGAGACAGCAGUUUCCUUCCGGGAAUACUACGUGAAACGGGUGGCCGCGGGGUUGACAUUGUGCUCAACUCGCUGGCUGGAGAGCUGUUGCAUGCAUCAUGGUCAUGCGUUGCAGAAUUUGGUAAGAUGAUAGAGAUUGGUAAGCGAGAUAUCCUCGAGCAUGGAAAAUUGCCAAUGGAUGCUUUUGGGGGUAACCGGGCCUUUUUUGGUGUGGAUCUUGUAAGGCUGGGGCAGAAGACUGGAGCCUUUGCAAGCUUGACAUCUCGAGUGAUGGAUCUAUAUGAAGAAGGCAAAAUAUCUCCAAUCCGCCCAUUGAAGGUGUUCGAGGCUUGCAAUGUCAAAGAGGCAUUCCGAUACAUGCAAAGCGGCCUCCACAUUGGUAAAAUCCUGAUAAGAAUGCCUAGGAAUACCAAUGGCCUCAAUGUUGCUCGGUCACGAAGACAGUCAAGCCUUUCACCCGACUUGGCCUAUGUUCUGGUCGGCGGUCUAGGGGGCAUUGGACAGACACUUGCGACCUGGAUGGUGGAGAAGGGUGCCCGACACUUGAUAUUCCUCUCGCGGUCCGCAGGCACAUCUGACCGAGACCAGUCGUUCGCCCAUGAACUGGAGAUCCAGGGAUGCACGGUUGUACUGGCCAAAGCCGACGUGUCGGUUUUGGAGGAUGUAGAAGCCGUCAUUCGCUCAUGCCCUCGCCCUAUCGGUGGAAUCCUCCAACUAUCGAUGGUCCUUCGGGACCAAUUUAUCCAAAAUAUGACUCAUAAGGACUGGCAAGAUGCGUUGGCCUGCAAGGUUGCAGGCACCUGGAAUCUGCAUCAUGCGCUACAAGGUCGCGAUGCGCACCUGAGGUUCUUUGUUCUCUGUGGUUCCAUUACAGGUGUCUUGGGUACCCCGGGUCAAAUCAAUUAUGCCUCAGCCAAUGCUUUCUUGACCUCCUUCACGCAGUAUCGCCUGCAGCUUGGGCUUCCCGCCUCAGUCGUCAACCUCGGCGCCGUGGGAGAUGUAGGAUACAUCGCCACACAAGACCCAAAACUACGAGAGAGGAUGAGCUCUGGAUCCGUACGCCUUCUGCAGGAGCAGGAAGUUCUGGACGCAUUCGAACUCGCUAUUCUCAAGUGUCAAUCAAGGGCUGCCUUGCGUACAGCUGAUGGUACCAUCAGAUCGCCAAACAAUAUCAUCGUUGGUAUGAGCAGUACCAAAUCCCUGACCGACCUCUCGGUCCGUCCGCUUUGGGGACAAGAUGCGCGAUUUAGCAUCUACCGGAAUUUCGACGAGGACGUCAACGGAGGCCCAGCACUGUCGUCCCUGAGCAAUGCAGCAGCCAUGCGGGACUUUCUAGCAUUAAUCGAAAGACAACCUGAGGAUCUCGACACCGAUGGCAUGGCCAACACGAUACUUGAGUACUCGAUCAAAUGUAUACAGGAGUAUUCUAAGUUUGCCCAUGACCUCGGCUACGAUCAGGUGGUGGAAUUGCCUAUUGAUUCUCUGAUGACAAUUGAGAUUCGCAAUUGGUCUCGUCGCAACAUAGGUGUUGUGUUGCCUCUGACGGCUAUCAGCAAGGCGGGUACUAUUGGAGGACUGGGUGAGGUGAUACUGGCGUCAUUGCGUUCAAAGUAUAGUAAGACGUGA